AUGUUGCAGAGAGCAGCAAGCAAUGCCUAUUCAUGGUGGUGGGCUGGCCACAUUCGGACCAAACAAUCCAAAUGGCUCGAACAAUGCCUCCGAGAUAUGGAGGAGAAAGUACACGAAAUGCUGACAAUGAUCGAACAAGACGGCGACUCGUUCGCCAAGAGGGCCGAGAUGUACUACAAGAGGCGCCCCGAGCUUAUCAACUCCGUCGAAGAGGCUUUCAAGGCGUUCCGCUCCUUGGCCGAUCGCUACGACAUGUUAUCCAAAGACCUCCAAAACGCCAACCACACCAUCGCCACCGUCUUCCCCGACCAGGUCCAAUUUGGUUUCGAGGAUGACGACGACUUCCCCAUGUCGAAGCUUCCCAACCCCAUCACCCAUCCCGUCGCACCCCCCGACAUCCCCCAAGUCCCAAACAUGCCGAGUAAGGACUUCAAAAGAGCCAUGUCCGCCGCAGCGAAGCAGCUCCAAGCGAAGAAAUCGUUGCGAGCGCGAUCCCUUGUCGAAAAUGAGGAAAAACCGGGCCUAACCCGGGACAAAGCCUUGGAGGAGAUCAACAAGCUUCAAAAGGAGAUCCUCUCGUUGCAGACGGUGAAGGAGUUUGUAAAAUGCUCGUACGAGAGCGGCGUGGCCAAGUAUUGGGAUAUCGAAAACGAGAUUACGACAAUGCAGAAGAGGGUGUCGAGGUUACAGGACGAGUUCGAUAUUGGGAGCAUCAUCGACGACAACGAGGCGAGGACAUUGAUGGCGGAGACAGCCCUGAAAUCAUGCCAAGAAAUGCUCGUGGCGGUGCACGAGAAGCAGGAGAAGAUGAGUCGGGAGGCUCGGGAAGAGUACGAAAGAAUUGAGGCUGCGUACCAGCGCCUUCAGUCGAUCAGGGAACGGUAUUUGCAAGAAAAAACAGUCGCAGAAAACUCGAAGAAAGACGUUCGAGAAUUCGAAUCGGUGGUCGAGAAAGGACAAGAGGAUGGCUCGGACCCGAUGUUCGGUCCAAACAUGACGGUGUCUGAGAUGGCGGAGAAGAUCGACAAGCUUGUGAGCAAAGUGAUCGGCUUGGAAGCAACCGUUUCAUCGCAGACAGUUCUCGUCGACAGUCUGCGAUCCGAAACAGACAAUCUCAACACACAGAUUCAGACACUGGAGGACGAGGAGAAUCGAGCGAAGGACACGGAGGAGUUACGGGAACGAGUGAGGAAGGUCGAGGAGCAGUUGAGUCGAGCUCAGGAUUUGAACGAGAACGUCCAGAGCCAGCUCGCCGAGCUAUUGACGAACUUCAACGAGGCGAAAACGAGCCUCGACUAUUUAUCGGAGAAGCUGAGCAGCGUCAAACCGGAUGAAGAGGUCGAACACGAAAAUGACCACGACCACGACCCUUCCGAGGAUGAGCCAGCCUUGUCUGAAUCAGACAAGGAUGUCGAAAACAGCCCCUACGAUGCACAGGCUCCGAAAGCCAAGAAGGAAAUAAGGAAGACGGUGUCGCGUCUUUUGGACAGGAAUCCAAAGGACCCGAAGGUAAGAAAGGACAUCUGUGAAAAGGAUGACGACGACAACGAGGUGCAAGAAAGCGUCGAGAAGCUGAAUUGGCAAGAGAUGCUCUUGAAUGGUACGGAGGAUGGCGAAAAGAUACUCAUCAAAGAAUACACGACUCUUCUACGGAACUACAAAGACCUCAAGAAAAAGCUCCGGGAGACGGAGAUCGAAAACGACAACCAGUUCGACGCAACUUUGCAACUAAGCGAAAUGAAGAAUAUCAUCACUGAGAAGGACGAAGAAAACCGGUACCUUCGCGAAAAGCUCGAGUUGCUUCAGGGGAAGGUCGACGAAAAAGAAGAGGAUGUUCGGGACAAAUACAGGGAUGAAGAGAUCAAGUCGAUUUACAUCGAAAAGCUUCCAUCCCUAUCGAAUGUCGAAGAAAAGAUUCGAUCAGAGAUCGAUGGGAUACUUGACGAUAACUUGGAGUUCUGGCUAAGCUUCAGCACAUCAAUCCGUGAGGUACAAAAGUUCCGGACCGAAGUUCACGACCUGCUGAGCGAAAUGUCGAAGCUCAGCGACAAGAUACAGCAGUCGGGAAACGUAAACUCGAUGAAGUCUGAGGCAAAGGCAAUGUACAAACAUUUACGCGAAAUCCAGCGGGGGCUAUCGCUAUGGUCAGAUCAGAAUGCGUCGUUGAAAAACGAACUCCGGAACAGAUUUGCAUCACUGUGUAGCAUUCAGGAGACAAUCGCGAGGACGUUAAAGGAAGAAGUCGAGGGAGAUGAGAUCAGAUUCGGCAGCCAUCAAGCUGCAAAAUUUCAAGGCGAAAUCAUGAACAUGAAACAGGAGAACAAUAAGGUAAGGAAUGAGCUUCAGGCAGCCUUAGACCUUGUAAGAAUACUUCAGAUCGAAGUCGAGAAAAUGCUGAGGCAGCUGAACCAAGAACUUGGCAUAGGCAGCGAGGAUCCCGAAAACCAAAAACGCCCGAAGGUCCCUCUCCGAGCAUUCCUCUUCGGGACGAAGAAGAAGCACAAGACGUCGCUUUUCUCAUGCAUGCAUCCGAACAAACGGCACACGGCGUUAAAAGAUAGCACACGAAGGACGAAACAUUGAGCACAGAUAGAUCGAAAGGAAAUAGUGUUUAUU